CUCUCCUCUUCUAGAUCCUUCCUGGCUUUGGGGACCAGAAAAAAGUACUGACUGAUUUGACUGAUUAAUUAUUGUUAUAUUACCGCUACUCUUAGGUCCCAAGCUUCCGGCCACUUGGCGUCCAUGUCUUGAUCUGGGUUAUCUCCCCGGUCUCGUCGCUCCGCCUCCUCCUUCUUUCUUCCCUUCUCCGAUCCGUCCCUCUCUCCUCUCUUUCUUUUCCCUCCUCCCUAUUGCUCCCCAUCUUGGUCACCUCACGGUUUCAUUGGGGUCCAAUAUGGAGCAUUCCUAUCUCUCUUCCCCAGCGGAAGUGCUGGACCAUUUCAGUGUCAAAGAAGACUCUGGUCUGUCGCAAAGCCAGGUCUCUCAAUCGAGAAAAAGCCAUGGCCCCAACGCCCUUGCGGAAGAACCCCCGACCCCUCUUUGGCAGCUUGUGCUCGAACAGUUCAAGGACCAGCUGGUCUUGAUUCUGCUGGGCUCCGCCGCCGUGUCCUUUGUUUUGGCGCUUUUCGAAGAAGGCGAUGACUGGUCCGCCUUCGUUGACCCCGUUGUGAUCCUGACGAUUCUGAUUCUGAAUGCCGUGGUUGGUGUGACCCAAGAGAGCAAUGCCGAGAAGGCCAUUGCUGCUCUUCAGGAAUAUUCUGCGAACGAAGCUACGGUUGUCCGCGACGGUACUACCCAGCGCAUCAAGGCGGAGGAUCUGGUCCCCGGAGAUAUUGUUCAUGUUGCAGUUGGGGACCGCGUCCCAGCUGACUGCAGACUGCUUGCCAUCCACAGUAAUAGCUUCCGGGUCGAUCAAGCCAUCCUGACCGGUGAAAGUGAGAGUGUGAGCAAGGACGCCCGGACCGUUCACGACAAACAAGCUGUCAAGCAGGACCAGACCAACAUGCUCUUUUCGGGCACGACUGUUGUUAAUGGACGCGCUACAGCCAUUGUGGUCUUGACUGGUGGAUCCACUGCGAUUGGUGAUAUCCACGAGAGCAUCACCUCCCAGAUCUCCGAGCCGACCCCGCUGAAGCAGAAACUCGAUGACUUCGGUGACAUGUUGGCCAAGGUUAUUACUGUCAUUUGUAUUCUGGUGUGGCUCAUCAACAUUGAGCACUUCAACGAUCCGUCUCACGGUGGUUGGAGCAAGGGAGCCAUCUACUAUCUCAAGAUCGCAGUGUCUCUCGGCGUGGCAGCCAUCCCGGAAGGCUUGGCCGUUGUCAUCACCACCUGUCUCGCUCUCGGCACCCGCAAGAUGGCUCAGAAAAAUGCAGUGGUCCGUUCGCUUCCCUCCGUGGAAACUUUGGGUAGCUGCAGUGUGAUCUGCUCCGACAAGACCGGAACUCUGACUACCAACCAAAUGAGUGCGGACAAGCUCGUUUAUCUCAGCCCCUCUGGAAGCGGUUUUGAGGAGAUUGACAUUGAAGGCACCACUUUUGCGCCCGAGGGUAGACUCUUGAGCCGUGGCACGGAACUCCAGAACAUCGCCGUCUCCUCAGCCACUGUUCGGCAAAUGGCCGAAGUCAUGGCUCGCUGCAACAGCGCAACUCUGGCCCAUGAUGCGAAGAACGGACACUUCUCCUGUAUCGGUGAGCCUACCGAGGGCGCGCUGCGUGUCUUGGUCGAAAAGAUUGGCACCGAAGAUGCUGCUACUAAUGCGAAGUUGCUACGCCUCCCCGCCUCCCAGCGACUCCACGCUGCGAGUGCGCACUACGAAGCUCGCCUUCCCUUGAAGGCAACUUAUGAAUUCUCGCGUGACCGGAAGAGCAUGUCCGUCCUUAUUGGCGAGGAUGAACAGAAGUUACUGGUCAAGGGUGCCCCCGAAUCUAUCCUCGAGCGCUGCUCCCAAGUUAUCGUUGGAGCCGAUGGGCGCCGUGUAUCACUCACCAAGGAACACCAAAACCUGGUCUCCGCCGAGGUCGUGGAGUACGGAAAUCGCGGUCUUCGCGUGAUGGCUCUGGCCAGCGUUGAUGGCGUUGGCAACAACCCUCUUUUGCACAGCGCUCAAACCUCGAAGGACUACGCUCAAUUGGAACAGAAUAUGACAUUUAUCGGCCUUGUUGGUAUGCUUGAUCCUCCCCGGGUUGAGGUUGCCGCCUCGAUCACGAAAUGUCGGGAGGCCGGUAUUCGGGUUAUCGUUAUCACUGGCGACAACCAGAACACCGCCGAGUCAGUCUGCCGUCAGAUUGGUGUCUUCCGCGAAGGCGAGGAUCUUACAGGCAAGAGUCUUACUGGAAGGGAAUUCGAUGGUCUGACCGACGCGGAGAAGCUCGAAGCGGCCAAGACCGUGUCUUUGAUCUCCCGUACCGAGCCUAGCCACAAGUCCAAGCUGGUUGAUAUCCUCCAAUCCCAGGGUCACGUCGUCGCUAUGACGGGUGACGGUGUCAACGAUGCGCCUGCUUUGAAGAAGUCAGAUAUUGGUGUGGCCAUGGGAACAGGAACUGAUGUUGCCAAGCUUGCCGCUGAUAUGGUUUUGGCUGACGACAACUUUGCAACUAUCACUGUGGCCGUCGAAGAGGGACGUUCCAUCUACAGCAACACCCAGCAGUUCAUCCGUUAUCUCAUCUCCUCGAACAUCGGUGAAGUCGUGUCGAUCUUUUUGACCGCCGCCUUGGGCAUGCCGGAAGCCUUGAUUCCCGUGCAGCUUCUCUGGGUCAAUUUGGUCACCGACGGUUUGCCUGCCACAGCUCUGUCCUUCAACCCUCCCGACCAUGACGUGAUGAGACGGGUUCCCAGAAAGCGCGACGAGCCUCUGGUCGGCGGCUGGCUCCUUUUCAGGUACAUGGUGAUUGGUACAUACGUCGGGGCGGCUACUGUCUUUGGCUAUGUCUGGUGGUUUGUCUACAACCCCGAGGGCCCUCAGAUCACCUUCUGGCAACUGGUAUGAAAGACCCGACAUCUUUUCGAAAUGGUUUUACCUAACACACAGUUUACUAACUUGGCAUGCAGUCUCACUUCCACAAGUGCUCCUCCCAGUUCCCUGAGAUCGGUUGCGAGAUGUUCGCAAGCGACAUGUCGAAGUCCGCGUCCACUGUCUCUCUUUCCAUCCUGGUUGUCAUUGAGAUGCUCAACGCCAUG